UAGGGCGAUACCCUCCCCCGCGGGCGGGUGGCGGCGGGAUUCGUGCGGCCCAAUGAGGGCGGGCGGCGUGGCCCGGGCUGGUAGCUGCAAUGACGCGCCUGCGCAGAGGCGGCGGCACGACGAGUUGACUCCGGGGGCGCGGCGAGGAGAGACAUGAGACUCAGCUGGGUCCUGACAGUACUGUCCAUCUGCCUGAGUGCCCUGGCCACGGCUGCGGGGGCCGAGGGCAAACGGAAACUGCAGAUCGGGGUCAAGAAGCGGGUAGACCACUGUCCCAUCAAAUCGCGCAAGGGGGAUGUCCUGCACAUGCACUACACGGGGAAGCUGGAAGAUGGGACGGAGUUUGACAGCAGCCUGCCCCAGAACCAGCCCUUUGUCUUCUCCCUGGGCACGGGCCAGGUCAUCAAGGGCUGGGACCAGGGGCUGCUGGGGGUAUGGAGAGCGGGGAGCUCCCCCAAAGAUCCCAGGUGGUGCAACCCUAGUGUUCGAGGUGGAGCUGCUCAAAAUCGAACGACGUGCAGAACUGUAGCCAAGCUGGGGAGGGCCGGUGGAGAGGCCCCCAUCAGGGACCAGACUGUUUAAGGAAAAAAAAUCUUAAAGCUCA